CAGCGUACCGGUGAGCCCGCUGCUGGUGCUGGGCGCUACCCACCACCAUCUGAUCGAGGAGAGGCAGCGCAUGAAGAUCGGCCUCAUCGUGGAGACGGGCGAGGCCAGGGAGGUGCACCAGAUGUGCGUGCUGCUGGGCUUCGGUGCCGAUGCCAUCUGCCCCUACAUGGUGUUCGAGAUCAUGGCGGGGCUCCGUGAUGAGAAGGUUCUGGACGAAACCUUCACCGAUGAGGUCAUCUUCAACAACUAUGUGGCGGCCAUGUCCCGCGGCAUAGCCAAGGUGAUGGCCAAGAUGGGCAUCUCCACUCUGCAGUCCUACAAGGGCGCCCAGAUCUUCGAGGCUGUCGGUCUCAACCAUGAAGUUAUCGACAAGUGCUUCAAGGGCACGUCCUCGCGGCUGGACGGCGUCACGUUCAAGCUGCUGGCGGACGAAGCCAUCUGCCGGCACGCGCUCUCCUACAACCUGCGCGAGUGCGACACGUACGUGCUGCCCAACCCCGGCUACUACCACUGGCGCAAGGGCGGCGAAAAGCACAUCAACGACCCAGACAACAUCGCCAGUCUGCAGGCGGCGGCGCGCACCAACAGCCGCAGCGCGUACGAGCGGUUCGUGGCGUCCAGCAUGACCACCAUCCGCGAGUGCACGCUUCGCGGCCAGUUGCAGCUGGUGGACGGCGUCACGCCCGUCGACAUCAGCCAGGUGGAGCCGGCCAGCGAGAUCGUCAAGCGCUUCGCCACCGGCGCCAUGAGCUUCGGCAGCAUCUCGAUCGAGACGCACACCUCGCUGGCCAUCGCCAUGAACCGCGUCGGCGGCAAGUCCAACACGGGCGAGGGCGGAGAGAACUCGGACCGCUUCAUCGUCGACGACCCCAACUUCAACAAGCGCUCGGCCAUCAAGCAGGUGGCGUCGGGACGGUUCGGAGUGACGGCCACGUACCUGGCCAACGCCAACGAGCUGCAAAUCAAGAUGGCACAGGGCGCCAAGCCCGGCGAGGGAGGCGAGCUGCCCGGACACAAGGUGUCGGAGGACAUCGCGGCCACGCGCCACUCGGUGCCCGGCGUGGGUCUGAUCUCGCCGCCGCCCCACCACGACAUCUACUCGAUCGAGGACCUGGCCGAGCUCAUCUUCGACCUCAAGUCGGCCAACCCGGAGGCUCGCAUCAGCGUCAAGCUCGUCUCUGAAGUCGGCGUCGGCGUUGUGGCCAGCGGCGUCGCCAAGGGCAAGGCGGAGCACAUCACCAUCUCGGGCCACGACGGAGGCACGGGCGCCAGCAGCUGGACGGGCAUCAAGUUCGCCGGCCUACCCUGGGAGCUGGGCCUCUCGGAGACGCACCAGACGCUGACGCUCAACAACCUGCGCUCGCGGGUGGUGCUGCAGGUGGACGGACAGAUCCGCACCGGUUUUGACGUGCUGGUGGGCGCGAUCCUGGGCGCCGACGAGUUCGGCUUCAGCACGGCGCCGCUGAUCGCGCUCGGCUGCAUCAUGAUGCGCAAGUGCCACCUGAACACGUGCCCGGUCGGCAUCGCCACCCAGGACCCGGAGCUGCGCAAGAAGUUCGAGGGCCAGCCGGAGCACGUCAUCAACUACCUGUUCCUGCUGGCCGAGGAGGUGCGCGGCUACAUGGCCAAACUGGGCGUCACCAAGUUCAACGACCUCAUCGGCCAGACGAAGUUCUUGCGCAUGCGCGACGACCUGCCGCCGAAGACGAAGCUGCUGAACUUUGCCCGGAUCCUGCUGAACGCUCAGGAGCUGCGUCCCAACACCAGCAUACUGGGCGGGAGUGUGGCUCAGGACUUCAGACUGAGUGAGCGCAUGGAGGAGGGCAUCAUCAGCCAGUGCAUGGACGUGAUUGAAGGCAAGACGGACCAGGUGCACAUCGACAGUACCAUCUCCAACAACUGCCGCACUUUUGGAGCCACCCUCAGCUGUCGCAUCGCCAAGAAGCACAUGGACGCGGGCUUGCCGGACAACAGCAUCCAAAUCAGCCUGAAGGGCUCUGCCGGCCAGAGCUUCGGCGCUUUCUUGUCGAAGGGAGUCCACCUGACCCUGGAGGGCGACGCCAACGAUUACGUGGGCAAGGGCCUGUCCGGCGGCGAACUGACCAUCUACCCGCCGACGGGCAUGUCGGAGUCAUUCCGCUCCGACGACAACAUCAUCGUAGGCAACGUGUGCCUGUACGGAGCCACGUCCGGCCGUGCCAUGAUCCGAGGCCAGGCCGCCGAGCGCUUCUGCGUCCGGAACUCGGGCGCCACCGCCGUCAUUGAGGGUGUCGGCGACCACUGCUGCGAGUACAUGACCGGCGGCCGGGUGCUCAUCCUCGGCGCCACGGGCAGGAACUUCGCCGCCGGCAUGUCCGGAGGCAUUGCCUACGUCUUCAGCGAGGUGGCCGACGACUUCCACCAGAAGUGCAACAUGGAGAUGGUGGACCUGCUUCCCAUGGACAAGGACGAGGACAUCAUGUUCGUGGAGGCCCUGCUGCGGGAGUUUUCCGAAAAGACGGGCUCCAAGGUAGCGCUCAAAAUCCUGGAGAACUGGCCGGAGAACGCCAAGAAGUUCACCAAGGUCUUCCCGUACGAGUACCAGCGGGCCCUGCGCCAGCUGGCCGAGGCGGAGUUCAAGAAGAAGCAGCUGGAGAAGCGCAAGGAGGCCAAGACCGAGUCGGACGAGGAGCCGGACGUGCUGGACAUCGAGGACGCCAUCACCGACGCCGAGAAGGAGGCCAAGAUCCUGGUCAAGCUGGACAAGAUGAGGGGCUUUAUGAAGUACGACCGCGAGAAGGUGUUGUACCGGCCGGCGAGCGAGCGGAUGCAGGACUGGGGCGAGAUCUACAGCCACAAGUCGGUCAAGAAGGGGCUGCGCAGGCAGGCGGCUAGAUGCAUGGAGUGCGGCACCCCGAUGUGUCAGAGCACCACCGGCUGUCCGCUGGGCAACAUCAUCCCCAAGUGGAACGAUCUCGUCUACAAGGGCCUCUGGCAGGAGGCGCUGGACCAUCUGCUGCAGACCAACAACUUCCCGGAGUUCACGGGUCGCGUGUGCCCCGCUCCAUGCGAGGGCGCCUGCGUGCUGGGCAUCAUCUCGCCGCCGGUCACCAUCAAGAACAUCGAGUGUGCCAUCAUCGACCAUGGCUUUGAAAUGGGCUGGAUCCGUCCGGAGCCCCCGCUGACCCGGACCGGCCGACGCGUGGCGAUCGUGGGCGGCGGGCCGGCCGGCAUGGCCGCCGCCCACCAGCUCAACAAGGCCGGCCAUACGGCCGUCGUCAUGGAGCGGAACGACCGCAUCGGCGGCCUCCUGCAGUACGGCAUACCCUCCAUGAAGCUGGACAAGGAGGUGGUGCAGCGGCGCGUGCGCCUGCUCGAGGACGAGGGCGUCGCCUUCGUCACCAACUGCACUGUUGGUGUUGAUGUCAAGCCGAAGGAGCUGAUGGACGAGUACGACGCCACAAUUCUGUGCACGGGCGCCACGUGGCCGCGCGACCUGCCGAUCCCCGGCCGCAAGCUGGACGGCAUCCACUUCGCCAUGGAGUUCCUGGAGACGUGGCAGAAGAAGCAGAUGGGCAACGAGAUCGACGAGUCGCGCCUGCUGGCCAAGGACCGGGACGUGAUUGUGAUCGGUGGCGGCGACACGGGCAACGACUGCAUCGGCACCUCGCUGCGACAUGGAGCCCGCUCCAUCACGGCGUUCGAGAUCCUGCCGCAGCCGCCGGACACGCGCGCUCCCGACAACCCCUGGCCAGAGUGGCCCAAGGUGUUCCGGGUCGACUACGGACACGAGGAGGUCAAGACCAAGUUCGGCCACGAUCCGCGCCACUACUCCAUCAUGUCGAAGGAGUUCCUGUCGGACGACAACGGCCGGGUCUCUGGGAUCCGCACGGUCCGGGUCGACUGGGUCAAGGACGACAACGGCCGCUGGCAGCUCAAGGAGCUGCCUGACACCGAACAGGUGUUCAAAGCGGACCUGGUGAUCCUGGCCAUGGGCUUCCUGGGCCCGGAGGCCGACAUCAUCAAGCAGAUGGAGCUGGAGCAGGACGGCCGCUCCAACAUCCGCACGCCCGACGGAAAGUACUGCACCAGCGUGCCGGGCGUGUUCGCCGCCGGAGACUGUCGGCGCGGCCAGUCGCUCAUCGUGUGGGCCAUCUCGGAGGGCCGCCAGGUGGCGCGCGAGGUGGACGAGUUCCUCUCGCAGGGGCUCACCAUGCUGCCCGGCCAGGGUGGCAUCAUCCGCAUCCCAGCACUGGGCGAGAAGAAGAAGUGGGACCCGCUCGAAGACUACGAGAUUCCCGUCUGAGUCGCGCCGCCGCCGUCAGGGCGCUCAGCGGCGCUAGUGUAGCGGGCGCGGCGCGGCUGCGCGAGGGCUCUUGGAGCAGCGCGUCGGUGAGCUUAGUUCCCCGUGGGUCGUGUUCGUGUGAGGCGCAGGGGAGGUGCAGGCUCCAUGCGGCCGGACGCCAACGUAGUGCAGUCUCGGUGCCCGCCGUGCGCCGGCUUAGAGUCGUUCGAACGGCGCUCAGAAGUCUAGAUGUGUCGUAGCGCCUGCCCAGAUCGUACCCGCGUUGGUAAGGCUUCCGUGAUGAGCGUUGCCAUGGUCACCAAGCGAGGCCACCGACGGUGAUGGGAGGCGUCGGCUCACUGAGCAUUGCUUCCGAGUUUGGUGUGGCCGGAUAGUCUCUCCGAUUUGCUGCGUUUCAGUCCACGGCUGCGGUGAUUGAUGGCCGGUGUUGACCUUCGUGUGAGCGCGCGGAAAGCAUGGGAUGCGUCAAGCACGUCCACGGUUUUGGGCAGUAGUGCAGCCGCUUUAUAUUACGAAUAAACGGUUUCUCGUCACUGCA